GUUUGAGGGGAAACCCCGGCCUAGAGCGACACCGCUGGCGGCUGUUUCCCACGAAGAAGAAAUGCUUUGCGGGACUCUUUAGUCGCCAUGGCGUCGCUGGGUGAAGUUGCAGCUUUGAUUUUGGUAGCAAUUCUUUGGGGAACAACAAAUCCAUUUUUGAAAAGAGGAACUGUGGGUCUGGAGCAGGUAAAGAGAGAAAGCAGACUUCAGCAGAUGCUGGCAGAAAUAAAGUUCCUUUGCCUGAAUUACAAGUACAUGUUACCAUUUAUUGUAAACCAGUGUGGCUCAUUCAUCUACUAUCUCGCAUUAGCGUCCACAGAUCUGACCUUGGCUGUGCCUCUUUGCAAUUCCUUGGCCCUGGUCUUCACAGUGGCAACAGGGAAAGUUCUUGGAGAAAACAUAGGUGGCACAAGGGCUGUUCUGGGAAUGCUCUUGGUAGUCUUGGGCAUUGCCAUCUGCAUAACUGCGUCUGGGCGCAAAAAUCCAUGAGAGAUCUCCAAAGAAGAGGGGAAAUUCUGUGGAAGACCAUUCUUAUCUGUACAACUGCUGAUGCCACCUUCAAGAGUUGCAGCAUGGGGUAAACAAUCCCUGGCUCUUCAUAUCCUGCCAAUCACUCCUUCGUGCACCUGGAUUCCAAAGAGACCUGGGUCCUUAGAUCUUGUCUUGAUGUUCCUGCUAGCCAGAAACCUUUUAUUGGUAUAAAAGUUUUAUUGGUAUAAAAUUAGAAUUUUAUAAUUUACAAAGCAAAAAAUAGAUUUGAAACCCGAAAACGAACAAAAACCUUCAAUACAUUACACUACAUAUACUCACUGCAGCACUUUUUGCAUUUGCAAAAAGUUGGAAACAAAACAGUGUACCCUCAGACAAAACAGUAAUUAGGAAAAUCCUAGAAUGCGCUGAGAUGGAUAAAAUGACUAUAGAGUUGAAAGAGAGAGAGGAUUUGGACUAUUAUGAAAUAUGGAAUAAAAUGUACAGUUGGCUCGAAAAUAGAAAUCAGAACAAGAAAUGUUUAACUUAAUACUGAUGAAACUCAAAUUGGAGUAACUGAAUAACAUUAAAUAAAGAGAUGUAAAUAUAAAUGAAUAUAAAUGUGUAGAUAAGAACAAUGAAUAUUAUAAUGUAUUAUAAUUAUAAUUAUGUUGGAGUAAUGUGCUUAUUCUACUAUUGAGAAGUAAAUAGAAAUGAUAAAAUAGAGAACUACAAAAGCAAAAUAUGUAUGUCACUACAAAAUGAGGGUAUGUAAUGUUCAAUACGUUGUCUUGACGUGUUUUGUUUUUAUAUAUGUGUGAUUGUUUUUUGUGUUGUUUUUAAAGACAAACUGUUUAAUAAAAAAUAUUUUAAAAAGAA